GAGAGAAUGACAUUUGGAAGCAAUGAUGAAUGGGAAAGGAUAGUGGAAGAAAUAUUAGAAUUUGAAAAGAUAUAUAUUCCAUUUCAUUCAACAUUCCAUAGUCCAGAGAUAUUAUUCAAGUUGCAUGGAAGAACGAAUGAGAAGAACUUGAUGAUUGUGGGUAUUGCUUGUAAAGGCCGAUGGAGUCGUAAUGGUAUUCGAUGGAAUGAAAUUUUGGAAGAAGCUCAAAAGUUUUUAAAACCAGUGCAUGAUCAAGUAUUGACUAGUCAUCCUACAUGGCAUUGUAUGUUGAUUAUUAUGAGUACUCAGUUAGCAACCAACGUAUCUGAGGACUUGAAUUAUUCUAGUCGUUGUUAUUCAUCUGGCGAUAGUGUUGAAGAUUUCGUGAUUCCUCACAACUGUGAAUUGGUUAUUCUUUCUGAAGCCGAUGUAGAAAACUUUAUUGGCAAAGACAUUUUAUCGAAUUUAAGGAACGCUUUCAAGUCUGUGGAUAAUCCACAUUCGAGAAAUAUUGGCAUUUCAACCCUACAAGAAAUAGUUUUGUCUCUUUCCAAAAAUAUUUAGGAAUAUCUUGUUUUAAUAUCUGAGAAAUUUUCUAAAACAAAUAAUUUUCAAAAGUUGUUAUAAAUCAGGGGCUGUUUUAUAAGACACUGUCAAAAACUAUAUCAAACUUGAGCAAAUUACAUAAUCUAUUGUUACUAGCCGUGUAACUUUAAAGUUUAUCUACUUUUCCAAUGAAAGUGAAGAGUUAGGCUCGACUUUGACUAUCUUCAAACCUGGAAUUUUGUUGCUAGAGAUGCGCAUUUUUGUUCCACUUCUUGUCUCCAGAGAAGGUAUUACUUUUUUCCCGAAUAAGAAAGAUUAUCGAAUGGAUUUUACAAUUUACCAGUUUGUUAUAUUGUAACGAAAGUAGUUUGUUUUUCCUUUUAGUACAAGUAUACUUGAUAGACUGUAAAAUACUAGUUGUAGAUUAUCGACAAAAUCCCUAUAGAUGCCUUGAUAUAUACAUAUAUAAACAUGAGGAUUUCAUUCUGUAAUGUUUGACGAUACUCAAGGUCACGACUUACAGUGCUACAAAAAUUAGGAUCGUAACAACAUCAAAGUU